GGCCGCCCCCGUGAGGCUCCCACGUGGUGGGAUUUCCCGGAAGCGUCGCUGUGCAGUGUCUGGUGGGAUCUUCGCAGGGACUUUUUUCCGCGGGUGCAAACGGCGCUCGCUGGGCCGUUAAACCCGGCAAGCGCGCAGAAGUAGCCUCGGAGGCCAGCGGAGGAAGGAAGGCAAGGAUUACUUUUGUGCAGCCGUAGAGAUUUGUGUGGUGUAAUGUAUUUAUGCAUAUAGAUAUUUCAGUGUAAGUCUCUUGGAGACCUUGGGUGACAAGCGACUAAUAAGUUCAGCUAAUAAGAAUAAAUAAUAAGAACUUGGAAGGAGAUAACCGCGUGGGGCGGGUAGCAGGAAAGGACGGACGGCAGACCCCAAAGAAGCAAAAUCGAGGUUGCUAUUUACUAUUCUUGUAGUUUCAUUACCAUUUAUAAGCCUGCAUCCUUAAAAAUGCUUGUUAUUGCCGCUUUGAUGCCUCGCUGUUCCUCUCAGGAGCAUAGAGUGGCAUUUUCCUUCCUGUUUCUCCCCUCCCCCCCUCCGCCCCCCACUUUAAUCUCGCGACAGUAACGGUAAGAUUGGUUGAGAAACGGCGGGGGAGGGGGAUCAGCUGGGGGUUCACCCCACUGUGGCGAUGUGGUGGUUUGGAGAUUGGUCUCCUCAGUACUUGAAGGAAAUCCCCGGUGAAUCAGUUUAACUUCUGAAUAAAACAUAUUUAGGAUGGCUUCCUGGUCAACUGUUAAUUCAUGCAGUUGGCUGCGUGUUGGACGCAAGCUCACAACUUAAUGUUGUUGCGUACCACUGUUACUGGGUGGACUGGCGAAUUGGGAGGUUGCUGAUUAGCAGAGAUCCAAAAGUCUCUCAUUAUCUGAAAACCGAACACUUACAGUUCAUUUCUAUUUUUUAUUCUUCCUUGUAUGUUCACCUGCAAAUUGGUUGGGGUAAAUAACAUUUUUGGUUGUUUAUUUGUCUGCUUAUUAAUUUAAUUUCCACCUAUUGUACAUCUGUUAAUGUGGGUACUUCUGCCUUACUUUCCCAAAGUUGCAGCUCUGUUUUAACAACCAUAUGUUUAAACCCGGAUACUGAAUCCCACAAAAACUGUAGUUUAGGAUUAGGAUCGACAUGUUGGACAAUUAACCGUGUUAAAUACUCAGAUAUUUGAAGUAUAAGCCACUGAGCGAUAUCCAGCUGAGUCAUACUCUGAAUAGACCCAUUGAAACCAGUGGACUUCAGUUAUUUAAGUCAGCUUAUUUCAGUGGGGCUGUUCUGAGUAUGACUAGCAUUGAAUAAAGGUGUAGAAGAUUACUCUUUUAUUUCAGCUCCCUAGCUCUGUUGGCAGGGCUGGACCUAGGAGCAUGGAAAAAUGUACCCCCUUGGCUACCAGAUGUAACUGUAGGCAUUUCCAAACAGGCACACAAGCUUCUGUGAGUAAGCUGCCAUCAGUUACAGAAGCCACUGGGACUGGAAAGAUCCAGGUUCAGUUUCUCAUUCAGUCAUGAAGCUUAUGGUGUGAUGUUAGGUUGGGUUAGUUGCACACAGUUUGCACGGCCUGCUUCACAGGGCUGUUCCAAGGAGAAUAAUGAGAAUAAUGGGGAAUGGGUAGUAUGCUUGAUAAUGUGGGUCCUGUGGAGGAUGGGCAGAAUUAAAAUAAUAUAUCACAUUUUUUAAAAGUUGAUGUCAUUGUUUUAUAGUACAGUGGUGUUGUGUAGUCGUGUCCGACUCUUCGUGACCCCAUGGACCAGAGCACGCCAGGCACUCCUGUCUUCCACUGCCUCCCGCAGUUUGGUCAAACUCAUGCUGGUAGCUUCAAGAACACUGUCCAACCAUCCCCUGUCGUCCCCUUCUCCUUGUGCCCUCCAUCUUUCCCAACAUCAGGGUCUUUUCCAGGGAGUCUUCUCUUCUCAGGAGGUGGCCAAAGUAUUUGAGUCUCAGCUUCAGGAUCUGUCAUUCCAGUGAGCACUCAGGGCUGAUUUCCUUAAGAAUGGAUAGGUUUGAUCUUCUUGCAGUCCAUGGGACUCUCAGGAGUCUCCUCCAGCACCAUAAUUCAAAAGCAUCAAUUCUUCGGCGAUCAGCCUUCUUUAUGGUCCAGCUAGUACAGUGGUACCUCUAGUUAAGAACUUAAUUUGUUCCGGAGGUCCGUUCUUAACCUGAAACUGUUCUUAACCUGAAGCACCACUUUAGCUAAUGGGGCCUCCUGCUGCUGCGGCGCGAUUUCUGUUCUCAUCCUGAAGCAAAGUUCUUAACCUCAGGUACUAUUUCUGGGUUAGCAGAGUCUGUAACCUGAAGCGUAUGUAACCUGAAGCGUCUGUAACCCAAGAUACCACUGUAAGGGCCAUCUAAGUGUCAGACCGGUUGAUUAGCAUUUGUCCUCCUGCUGUAACCUUAUUGUGACCAUUAUGGGACUGGUCAAAUGCCUGAGAUAGCUCAGUUGGUAGAGCAUGAGACCCUUAAUCUCAGGGUCAUGGGUUCAAGCCCCACGUUGGGCAAAAGAUCCUGCAUUGCAAAUUUAUUUUGUAUAGUUAAGCUUUUACGUCUAUCUUCAGUACAUUUAUGCUAUGUUAUUGCUACGGCCAGUGGCUGAUGCAAAUAAAUAUUAUUCUGAUUCUCUGCACUGCGGGGGUUGGACUAGAUGACCCUCGGGGUCCCUUCCAACUCUAUGAUUCUGUGAAUGCCCAGCUAUAUGUUUAGGAUACUUUAUAAGGGAACAUGCAGCUGACAGUACAAGGCACCACUUCAUUUCAUGUCUUCCCUUUGCAAAUUUCAGAAGGAAAAAUUGUAUUCCAUUUGUACAUGUAAUCUUCUACCAGCUUUUGAGUCUAAUGAUUCCAAUGCCACAGCUGCCAGUUAUAGCUUGCUUUGUCCAUGCUUGCUGUCUGAAAGUUUUUUUAAAAAAUACAGUCACUACCAAAUCUGAGAGGAUUGUUGUUCAGAACAAAAUAUGUAGAACCAAAUGUUCAAAGAACCAGGAAGAGAACACAAGCCUAUGAAGGGCAUAUUGAGACAUGUUGCUGUAGGAGUUGCUCACAUGAGUGAUUAUUCAACUCCCCCAGCCCCCAAGAUAAAUGUUCACAGUAAAAGUCCUAGGAGCUGUUAUCACUUUUCAUAUGAAUGGACUUAGCAGGCUGGUAAGGACGACUGUAAGGGGAAGGUCUCUGCUAGUUAGCCAAGGUGGUGCCCUCUAAAUGCUGUUGGACUAGUGGUUAGGGUGUCAGGCUAGGGAGACCAGGGUUCAAAUCCCUGCUCACCCAUGGUCUGGAAUGAUUGGAGUUGUAGUCCAAAACAUCUGGAAUGCAUUAGGUUGGGAAACUCUGGUCUAGGGAAAGGCAGGAUCAUGGGAGAAGGUAGCAUGGCGUGGGAAGCAGGGAAGGACUAGGAAAGGAGGGUGGGAAUGGUCUGAAUGAACUUAGGGAGGACCUAAGAGGGGAAGAGAAACUAGACUGCUGGAUGAGUGAAGGAGGGAUGCUCAUAGUUGGGAGCUGCAGAGAAUUACAUUUUGAUUUGAAAUGGCCUCAUCAGAUACACCUGCCUAGUUCAGUUUAUAAAGAUAUACCCUUCCAUCAAAUCAAAGAAGAGGCAGAGCAAAGUAGAUUUACAAUUAAUAUUAAAUUUAUUGACAGUGGCAGGAAUAUAUAGCUCAAUCCUUGAAAACCACACAAAUUCUGAUUGGCUUAAGAAAAUCUGGGACAUGGUUUUAAUAUCCAGAUUGGCUUUUUUUACAAGCAGCUAUAGCAGCACAAAACAGACUUUGUUUAUUAAUUCUAAAAACAACAAAUUUCAUGAUGUACUGCCAUUUAUCACUUUUUCUGCAUUAUGAGUCACUUAAAUAAAAAUAUUUAAUAAUUGCAUAAAGUGUUAAAACAGUGCACAGUGGUAUCCUUUUUUUUUCUUUUAUCUCUUCCCUUUGUGCAAUUUCAUGUUAUGUACUUUAUAUAAUGGGACGCAGGUGGCGCUGUGGGUUAAACCACAGAGCCUAGGACUUGCGGAUCAGAAGGUCGGUGGUUCGAAUCCCUGCGACGGGGUGAGCUCCUGUUGCUCGGUCCCAGCUCCUGCCAACCUAGCAGUUCGAAAGCACCUCAAAGUGCAAGUUGAUAAAUAGGUAUCGCUCCGGCGGGAAGGUAAACAGCGUUUCCGUGCGCUGCUAUGGUUCGCCAGAAGCGGCUUAGUCAUGCUGGCCACAUGACCCGGAAGCUGUACGCCAGCUCCCUUGUCCAAUGAAGCGAGAUGAGUGCUGCAACCCCAGAGUCGGUCAUGACUGGACCUAAUGGUCAGGGGUACCUUAACCUUUACCUUUACUUCAUAUAAUGAAUUUAACUGAUAGCCAUUUUUGAAAUAUUUUCCUUUGUUCUUCUUUGAAGGUCAGUCAUGAAGCUCAAGCGAGGUUCAAGUAAGUUUAAGACUCCAUCCAAACUUAAGCGAAGAGGCAUCAAAGUGACAGGGGCAUGGAAGCCCAUUGAGAUUGACCCAAAUCUCUUUGCCGACGAGCAACUUGGAGGCUUAGUAUGUUUUGAGGAGCUUACAGAUUAUAAACUGGUGUCUUCCUCAAAAGCGGGAGAAGAAAAUGCCAAGGGGAGAAAAUCUAGUAGGCGGCCUGGAGAAGUGGAAGACCUGGAGCAAGAGCAUAGUGCAAUUCCCAAAAAGAAGAGGAAGAAGGAGAAAAAUCUGGAACAGGAGGUGAGGAGUGGUUAUGAACCCAAAGUGAAGGAACCGGUAACAACUGAGCAGGAGGCUGAAUGUAAAGAGGCCAUCCCUAGCUUUGAGCAAGAUGAGAGAGUAGAAGGAGACACCACAAUCCUUAAAAGGAAAGCGAAGAAAAAGAGGAAGAGAGAGUUGAAGAAGAAAACCUGUCCUCCCCAAGAUGUUGCUGAACCAGCUAAAGCUUCUAAAAAGGCUAAAAACUGGACAGCAGAAGUCCUGUCUUUAUCUUCAGGUCAGGAAGUGGACAUGUCUGCAUGGAAAGGCCUCUUCGUUCCUAAGCCUGUUCUUCAGGCACUGAGUGAAUUAGGGUUCAGUGCGCCAACUCCGAUUCAGGCCCUGGCUCUGCCUUCUGCGAUUCGAGAUGGCAUGGACAUCCUUGGAGCUGCAGAGACAGGUAUAAUUCAUUGCUACGGCGAUUGUUUCGCUUCCACUGUCCAAGAUGUGUUGAUUCUGUACCUCCAUAAGCACAUGAUAGAAGCAUGGAUUUUGGUAAUUGAGCACAAAGUACAAUGUGUUGAGAAUUUCAGCUUUUUCUUUUGUGGGUGAAAAAUAUUUGGGUGCAGGGGCUGGUGAAAUUGAAGAGGGCCAUCAGGACAUCAGUGGUGAGGACAGGGCCGGCCCAAGACAUUUUACUGCUGUAGGCAAGACCAGCAAUGCCCUCUUCCCCACAACAAUUAAUUUAUUAUUUUUAUUUAUUAAAUUUAUAUAACACUCUCCAUCGUAAGAUCUCAAGGCGGUUCACAGAAUAAAAUACAAGUUAAAAGCAAGAGUGCAAAUUUUCAACUUUGAAACGUGCUUUUUGAUUGUAAAAUUGUAUAUGGCAAUUUCAGUGUGUUAGAUUUGUUGGCAUCUCUCAGCUAAAUUUGGCAGGCAUCAAAUAUGGAUUCUUAUAACCUGCCAGUUGUUGAUAACAAAUCACAGACAGCUGCACGGGCACCAAGAUUCAACUCGUAUCUGUGUGUUUGUGUGUUUUUAAAUAUUCCAGUCUGUUCCGAGUUGCUUUGUACUCUCUUUUUCAAUCUGUGCUCUGGCUUCUAAGCCACUACGUCUAAAACAAAGCUCUGUGUUUUCCUUAUUCACUGUAAUGGGGAACCUGCAGUGACUAUAACAUUUUCCCCUUUUUGGCCAAAGUGGAUAAAAUUUUGAGAGACAAAUACUCUUCUGGAAUGCAGUGAGCCUGCCAAAUUGUAGACCGAUAGAGAAAUUUUCAUGAAGGGCGCCUUUAAAAUUUGAUGAAUCUUAACUAAAGGAAAAGUCUAUUACCUUUUUGAUGUUCUGGCCGAAUUGGAUGCAGUUUGCAGGCAUCACCACCCCUUCUGAGGGGAUGAAGACUUCUGAAUUUCAGAAUGAAUCAUAAGGUGGUGGUAGAAGGUUUAUUGGUGGAGUGUGUGAGCUCCCCAUGCCCCCUAAGACUUAGAGAUUGCAACUUUUCUUCCUUAAGAGAGUGAGAGACCUCUACAUUGUGAUUGGAGUGCCCUGAGAAAAUAAUUAUCUGUGAUUCAAGCCAAGACCUGUCUGUCAACAUGACAGAUUGCACCCUUUCCCCUUUUGAGCUCUGGGCAUCUCCCCUCUCGGUUUUGUUUCAUUUUGGUGGGGAGAGAUUUGUUCAUUUUUUUUGAGAGCUAAAGCUACAGAGCCAUGCUGUCUGGGACUUACGAGAUUCGUAGUCCCAGCAACAUCUGGAGGGCUGCAGGUUAACCACCCCUGGCUUAUUGAAUUGAGAAGGUCCCAACUUUGUUUCCUCUGAAUUCACAUUGUCUCAACACUUACUGAGGGGGAGCAAUAGUGUGAUAGAAGAAAUGUCUGCCAAUUCCCCCUUCCCUAGGUGGACUGUCUUCCAGAUUCAGAGGCCAGCCUGGGUGAACAACCUUUACCACAAGACCUGGGGUCAGGGACAUAUGCGCAGGGAGACUUGGUGUGGGGGGCAGGGAUUAAAAGAGAUCCUCCUGUUUGCCAGUUUUCACUUGGGAAAAGUCCCUCCAUUCCUUAUGAGGGAAACCACUGGGUUAGUGAUUCCAUAUUUCCUACAGAAGGAGUUAAAAUGUCAAUGGCAGCAACAGAAAAUUGUAUCACGAGAGAUGAGUUGAGUAGAAUGCAGUUUGUCCUUGGCCUAGUUUUCAUUUCUGUGUGUGGAGAGCACUGAUCAGAGCUGUCAAUUAAGACAAUUCCUUUUAUAGAGCUUUUUAAAAAAGACCAAGAGUAGAAGGAAAAAUCCAACCAAGUACACAUGUUUGCACGUCAAUAGCAUUACACUGCUUUGUAUGUUACCUUAGGAUGGUGGAAGCCUCAGAGCAGCCUUUGCACACCCAACCACAAGCAGGCCAGAAACCACUACAAUUUUUAAUAUAUUUUUUAAGCAGAGCAGCCAUUUUGCUUUGCGGUGAGUCUUAUUACAGACUAGCAGCCUACAAAUGAACCAGUACUUUUUAAGAGUCCAGGCACUUAUUUGUUGGUUUUAAAAAAUAUGUAUAUAUUCAAAAGAUUUCACAAUGAUUUAUAUUUAUUAAUUACUGCUGUUGAAAAGCAACCCACAGUGAAGUGUCUUGGUGAGAUGAGCAACGACAGGUGCCUGCUUUAAGAAGCGCCAAUUUGACUCAUUGUAACUACAUAUAUUUACAUGGCUUUAAUUAAGAGAGGGAGCCCUGGCUGAGGGAUAAUGCAUAUCCUUUGUAUCCAGAAUUUCUGAGGUUCAAUCCUCAUCAACUUCAAGGAGCAGGAAGCUGCUGAAGUAAAAGAAUUCCUUGCCUGAGAUCCUGGAAAAGAGCUGGCAGUCAAAGAAGAGUAGACAAUACCAGACUAGUGGGGGGAAACCGGCUGGUUUGGUUUCUUAAUUUUAGAUUUAAGCUUAGUUUUUAUCAUUCAACAAGUGUACAAAAUAUUAAGAAAAUUGGAUGACACGAGGUAAAAAAGUUGGAUCACUUGAUAUGGAAUUACCUGGCUACACUAGCGUAAGGCAGUUUAGAAAACAUUCGGAAAAGAGCAACCUGUUGAAUGUUUGACUCUCAAUUACAGUGUAUACGGAUGGAGUGUUUCUUGGGGUGUGGGGAUGUAUGGGGGUGGUUUGUUAUAUGAGUUUUUUUAAAAACAAAAAGAUGUGUUAAAAAGAAAUGGGAUGGAGCAAGUCCCCUAUAAAAAAAGGUGCAGAAUUUGGGGCUUUUUAGUUUAGGGAAAAGGCAAAGAGAGGCAACAUGGUAGAAGUUCAUAAAAUUGUGCAUGGAGAAAGUGGAUAGAGAAAUGUUUUUCCCCCCUUGCUCCUCACGCUAGAACUCAUCCAAUGAAGCUGAAUGUUGGAAGAUUCAGGACGGGUAAAAGAAAGUGCCUAGUUAAACUCUGGAGCUUAGUUCUGUGGGAGGCAAUGAUGGCCAUCAGCUUGGAUAGCUUUAAAAGAGGGUUAGGCAACAUCAUGGAGGGCAAGCCUACCAAGGACUACCAGCCAUGUGGUCUAGCCUGCCUCCAUGGUUGGAGGCAGCAAUGCUGGAAACCACAUGCGGGGGGGGGGCGACUCUUGGGUUUGCCAGUUUCCCCCAGGCAUCUGGGUGGCUGCUGUGACAAGAUGCUGGACUAGUGUGAUGGCUUGUGUAUGCUCUUCACAAUAAGCACCCUCUGCUCACUCAGAGAGGUAUUUACAGUUCUUUAUUUUACAUAUGGACAAGCAGCACAUUACAAUCAUGCGUCUGAAUCGUCCGGUUCAGAUUCAGGGAAUUGUCUUCUCCGGCUUCUCCAACAGAAAAGGCGGGGAAGUUUCAUGGGACGUCUCUGAUCCUUUCGUUUUAACCCUCUCCUUUCCUAUGCAGACGGCACAGGGACAGGCUCUCCAUCUGUUCCUGAACUUCCUGUGUGGUUCUGGGGCUCUGCUUCAGCAUCAGAGAGCCUUCCCGCCUCCUGGCUCUCUCCCUCUUCCCUAUCUGUCACUUCCUCUCUAUCUAUCUCUUACUGUUCCCGCUCCUCAGAGGUGUACCCUGGCAACCCUGUGACAACUAGGUGGGCCAUUGGCCUGAUCCAGCAGGCUCCGCUUGUGUUCCUAGGUUUCUAACCUGCGUUUUAUUUGUCCAUGUUUAGGAAGUGGUAAGACUCUUGCUUUCGCCAUUCCAAUGAUCCAUUCCAUUCUGCAGUGGCACAAGUCAACAGGACUGGCAAGUGGAAGGGACAGGCCGAUUGAUGAAGGAGAGGAUGGUGAGGAUGAGGUACCCAAGCAGGAAGAGAGUGUGGAUACAGGAGGCUUGAGCCCUGAUGGGGGUGAAGCUGGUGGCGAUGACGAUGGCGACGGUGACAAGUCUUUGGCAGCAGGAAACCUGAAGGUGUUGGAGGGUGCAGAACAUGAUCUGGGUUCCCCAAAACCUAAUGCUGCUGCACAUAGAAACAAUCCUCUUCUGGGUUUGGUCUUGACUCCUACAAGAGAACUUGCUGUCCAAGUGAAGCAUCACAUUGAUGCGGUGAACAGAUUCACAGGUAAUGUCAAUUCCUGGUAAUCAUAGAAUUGGAAGGGAUUCCAUGGGUCCAACGCUCUGCAAUGCAGCAAUCUCAACCAAAGCCCCCAUGACAGAUGGCCAUCUAUCAAUGCUAUUGUUGUGGUUAUUAUUUCAUUUGUGAAUCACUUCCUAUGAUGCAUCUGGAAGUGAUUCUACAAUACAGUGAAGAGAGAUGAGACAAUAGCAUAUAUAAAAUCAGUUUUGUUUUCAUCUAACAUACAUAUAAAGGUCUGUCUUCCAUUACUUACUUUGCUGCUGAAGUACAUUGCUUCAGUUUCCCUUUCCUAAAAUGGAAACAUGCUCUGCAGAGAAAGUUUCCUACAGUUUUCUGUCUUCUCUGUAGGGAAAGCACAGACUAUGGUAUGCACAAUCAGUUUGCUGAGAAAAUCCUUGGGUUUUUUCUUUUCUUUUUUGAAAUGCAGCUUUCUAACCUUCCUUGCUGUGAGGCUAUGUUUGAAGGUGUCUGGGCAUGGCCUGUGGACAUCUGAGAACCCAGAGAGGUGGUUGAGUAAGAAGUCCAGUGAUUGGUGGUGGCACUUCAAUGACCUGCCCGGUUCAUUUUCUCACACAACUAGAAAGCCAAGAUAAAUUAUUCAGAAUAAGAGUGGUUGUUAUUUGCAUAAUUUACACAGGUUGAGAAUUCCACUUUUGGGGGAGCUCAGCAUCGCAUCAGUAAGGAUUUUUAAAAUUUUUAAAGUGAUCCACUACUAGGAGGAGCGCACACCAUCUUGAAUACGGGAUAAAUGCUGUUUUGGAGAUGUAGGUCAUCUUUGUAGUUCAUUGGUUUUUUAAAAAAACAUUGGGAAAUACUUUUGUGGAGAUUUGUGCUCCUAAAAAGAGGGGAGGUAAAUCCAGUGAUUUCUUACAAACAUGGUGCAGCAUCUCAUGACUUUCAUGCCAGAAAAUUUUAUGAAAUAUAGCUGCUGCAACAAUGCUCCAGGGACCUUAAUGUCCUAUUGGUCUUCUGUCUUUUAGGCAUUAAAGCAACCAUUCUUGUUGGAGGAAUGGCACCUCAGAAGCAGCAGCGAGUUCUGAAAAGGAAGCCCGAGAUUGUAAUCGCAACCCCGGGGCGCCUGUGGGAGCUAAUACAGGAGAAGCAGCCACAUCUCUCAAACCUGCGGCAACUCAGGUACUCAAGAUCCCUUUUCAAAUAUGUCUUCCUUCUCCCAAACGAGCAAAUACUAUCUGGGUAUUUUUAAGAUCAUCAAUGCUAAAGAACUUCCUGCUUAAGCAAUAGUACAGAGGUAGUCAGUGUAUCACCCUCCAGAUGUUUUUGGACUACAGCUCCCAUCAGCCCUGACCGUUGGUGGUUCUCACUGGGGCUGAUGGGAUUUGGAGUUCAGCAACACCAAGGGCACCAUGGUUAGCCACCUCUGCAGUAAACACUUUGCAGGAUCUUUCAGGGUGUUCCCUUGAAGUUCACAGUUGCUGCUUUGAGAAUCGGGGGACACUUACGCAUGCUCGAUGUUGCACUUGGACUGCUUAGCUCUGUUGCACCUGCCUGAACAUACUGUGGCUCAUUCAGAUGAACAGCAGAGACCAUGAAGCUACUAUAGAACAAUUGAGGUGGGUGGAGGAUGGAAACGGUUUCCAUAAUUGGCCUGACUUACCAGAUUUUCUCCUCCACCCAGCUCAUGCCACGUUUCAAAGCAAAUUUCCAGGCACUGGCAAGUGGCGACCAGUAUUAGAAAUCAGCCAGGCGCCAGGUGCAUUUUGCGACUGCCGUGGGUCCAGCUGUGAUCACCUGGAGAUCUCUGGGGAAACCAAAAUGUCACUUAGGGAAUGAUCUGAAAUAUUUUCCUUGAAGCCUGAAUUUGUUGUAUUCCGGAUUGCUUUAUUUGAUGUUUCAAUAUGCUAUAAACCGUUUUGAGAUUUGUUCUUUAAAAUAUAAAGUGGCAUAGAAAUGAACAAGAUGAUGAUGAUAACAAAGCCCAUUGAAAAGAAAUGGCGCCUAGACAUUCCAUGGUGGCAACCACAACCUACAUUUAAGAUUUCAUUUGUGGGUUAGCGGGAGUGGCAUCAGUUUCAACCUGGUUCCUCCUGGGCCCAGACUACAGCUCAUUCCUAGUGGCGGAGUUUCAUGCUCCGGCACCAGGGGACAGGGCUGGCGUGCGUCCUGGGGUGGGGCGCGCCGCCCGCAGGGGCGUGGGGCGCAUCCUGGGGUGGGGCACGCCACCCACUGGGGCAUGGCACACGUCCUGGGGAUGGGGGGUGCCGCCUGCGGGGGUGGGGCGCCCAGCACGGGCAGGGGGCAGUUGUGAUGGCACCCUGCCGGAGGCGGGGCACUCCCCCCGCACUCCUCUUCCUCCACCAGUGCUCAUUUCUCCCUUGGUGCACCAAGCAGUGGCAGCAGAGGGAGUCCCUCCAUUGCCAGUGCCUGGCAUGCCAAGGGAAUAAUGACCUCCAUUGGCCACAGCGCUGAUGGAACCUGUUCUACCAGGUGCUGGCGACAGAGAGUUCCUCUGCCACCAGUGUGCUAAGGGAAUAACAAGCUGCAUCAGCUCUGGCACCUUACGGUCAGGAGUGGUGGCAGUUUCACCCACAGUCUACCGUCGGGUGAAGGCGCCAUCAUGCUCUGGCCCUCAAACCAGUCCUGGGAGAUGCAUUGAUACACCAGGCCUAGCGGUCAUCACUUUGCAACAGCAAAGUCCUUGAAUUUGCUGGUGCAAAUUCCAUCAGACGUUUGUUUCCUUGCACCUUGGUUUCCCACUUUGGUAUCUAUACAAGCAUACAGAAUAAGAAUCGGCUUGUGGUUCUGUUCACUCACCGCAGGCCAUUGUUCUUUUCUGUGUGCGCUGUAGCAGGUAGGGCUCUUUUGAAGCGUGUCGGAUCUCCUCUUAUCUCAAAACGAAACGCUCUUAAAACUGUCUCUCGCGUCCGUCUGACAGGUGCCUGGUGAUCGACGAAGCGGACCGGAUGGUGGAGAGGGGGCAUUUCGAGGAACUCUCUCAGUUGCUGGAAAUGCUGAGCGACUCGCAAUAUAACCCAAAACGCCAGACGUUUGUCUUUUCUGCCACCCUGACUUUGAUCCACCAGGCUCCGACUAGGGUUCUCCACAAGAAGAGAGCUGUCAAAAUAGACAAGAAGACCAAGCUGGAAAUGCUGAUGGAAAAAGUUGGCAUCAAGGGCAAGCCCAAAGUGAUAGACUUGACCAGGAAAGAGGCCACCGUGGAGACCCUCACCGAGACCAGGAUCCACUGCGAUACAGAGGAGAAAGACUACUACCUGUAUUAUUUCCUCCUUCAGUACCCAGGCAGAACCAUGGUUUUUGCAAAUAGUAUAGAUUGCAUCAAGCGGCUCACUGCCCUCCUGACGAUAUUGGACUGCGACCUCCUGCCUCUUCAUGCAAACAUGCACCAAAAGCAAAGGUUGAAAAACCUGGAGAGGUUUGCUGAACGCCCCAGGUCGGUUUCCCUCUCUCUCUCUCUCUCUCUCUCUCUCUCUCUCUCCCCUUUGGUUUAUUUUAUCAAUUAAGAUCAUGCCGCUUUUCAAAAGUGGAUUGCUUGAAUUGACAAAAACACAAUGAGAACAAGAACGGAGUAAUGCGCCGCAGCACAAUUAGCAAGUAAACGCUGAAAAACUUACCAGAAUUUAAAGGUGGGCGAAACUUUUAAGGGGAAAAGUAAUAACGACUCGCCUAAAGCUUAAAACGGAGGGAUCCAAUUUGGGAAGGAGUUCUUUGUGGGAAGCAUGGGGACCGCAGUAGAGAAGGCCCUUUCUUAAGUCCCAACCAGCUACACCUGCAGUGGAGGUAGGACACAGAGCAAGGCCUUUGAUAUUGAACACAGUUGAAUGACAGGAUCCAAUAGCGUGGCCUCCGUUACCCAUGCUCUGCUAACCUCCCGUGCAGAUUGCUGCAGUGCAUUCUACAUGGGGCUUCCCUUGCAGAUGGUCCAGAAGCUGCAGCAGUGGAAUGCAGUAGCUCUGGGCAGGGCAGAGCUGCCGGAGAAAGGCACAUCGCUCCAAUUUUGAGAGCACUGCACUGGGUGCUGGGGAGAUACUGGGCCCAAUUCUAGGUAUUGGAACUAGUGUGCAAGGCCUUAAAUGGGUACUUGAAGAAGCCAUAUUUUCCAUAUGCCGCAACCCAUAAUUUGCGGUGGAGGGCAGACACCCUGAAAGCAGUGGCAAGGAGGAUGAGAGUGCACAAGAGGGCUUUCUCUGUAGUGGGCCACCACGUUUAGAACCCCUCCUGAAGGUAAUGGUGCAGUCCCCAUCCCCUAGCUGUGCUUGGGAGGAAUUCGAAGACAGUUCUAUUUAUCCAGGCCUUUGGGAGGGGAUUGGCAAUGUUAGGCUGAGGGGUAUCAUGCCUUUCAUUUUAAUUCUUGUGUCCUGGAUACUGUGUGGUUUGAUGUGGUGCUGUUGACUUCCUUGGGGACUCUUCAGGGAGGAACGUCUAGCUGUGAAUUAAAGAACAGGAGGUGGACCUUCGAAUACCUUUAGGGCUUUGUCAGUAAGAAUGGGAACAUUUAUUGAAUGAUUUGAUCUCGGCACAGUUCACGGAAUAAAAUACAAAAUAAUUAAAAACUAAACAGCAAAACAAUAACACAUGCACCCUUCCCAAAGGCACAUUUAAAAGGCUAUAGAAUAUUUAUCAGCCCAAGGCCUGGUUGAACAGAAACGUUUUCUCCUGGCGCCUAAAAUAUAUAAUAAUAAUAAUAAUAAUAAUAAUAAUAAUAAUAAUCCUUUUUAUUUAUAUCCCGCCCUCCCCAGCCAAAACCGGGCUCAGAGCGGCUAACAACAGUAAAAAUAGCACCAUUUUCAUAAAAUCACAAUCAAUUAAUUGAAAUACAUUCUAAAAUCAAUUCAGAAUCAAAUUAAUGGCAACCAUUGGGCUAGAGUUCUAUGUGGAUUACAGAAGGCGAGAGGGGGGUCAGACUGUGCCUUGGCCAAAGGUCUGGUGGAACAGCUCUGUCUUGCAGGCUCUGCGGAAAGAUGUCAAUUCCCGGAGGGCCCUAGUCUCUUGUGACAGAGCGUUCCACCAGAUCGGGGCCAUGGCCGAAAAAGCCCUGGCUCUGGUUGAGGCCAGCCUAACCUCCCUGUGACCCAGGAUCUCCAAGUUGUUUUUGUUUGAAGACCGUAAGGUCCUCCCUGGGACAUACCAGGAGAGGCGGUCCCGUAGGUACGAGGGUCCUAGGCCAUAUAGGGCUUUAAAGGUAAAACCAGCACCUUAAACCUGAUCCUGUACUCCACCAGGAGCCAGUGCAGCUGGUAUAGCACUGAGUGAAGGUGCCUGGCAAACCUUACCUGGAAGAACAUACCGCAAUUGGGGAGCCACUACAGAGAAGACCCGUUCUCGUGUUGCCGCCCUCUGGACCUCACCUGGAGGAAGCACACGAAGAAGGGCCUCAGAUGCUGAACACAGGGGGAGAGGCAGCCCUUGAAGUAUUGCAGUCCUGAGCAUUUGAAUCGCUCCCACAAACAACUACCAACCAGUGCAGACAAAGCAAGAAUCUAUGAUGUGUAGUUGUCACACACACUGUAUAGCUUUGAUUAACGGCUAGUUGUCCUGGAAGACUGGCUAGAGAAGGGGUGAGAGCUAGCGGGCCUCAACUUCACACAUGAAAGUCGGCAUCACACAGUGUUUUGCGGCUGCACACGCAGUGUGUGUACACCACCUUUCUUUUGCCUCUAGGGUGACAACUAGAGAGCCAGGCGGCAGCAGCACCUCCCUCAGGGCCACUGGAAUUGGGCCAGGCAUCUUUUUCCCCCUAGACUCCUAGUGUACAGGACAGCUGUUUUGUGCAGGGGAGUAAGCAAACUUAACGUGAGUUGGAGCGACUGACGUGGGUUGGAUGUUUGGUUUCCUUAGCAAAUGCUGCUCAAGGCAGCGAGCAGCAGUAACGUACUCCUGAAAUCAAAUGAUAAAUUGCAAUGAAACGAAAAAGAUACAAAGUAAAAAAAAACACCCCAAGGCAGGUAAAACUUCAUAAAAGACAAAUUAGACUUAUUUACAUAGUGUGGGUAGGAGAACUGAAAAUAAUGCCAAUAUAUUUCACAUCUGGUUUCAGAUAGUACAUGGGUAGACGAGUCUAAAAAGCCCAGAACACACAUUUUCACAGUCCUCUAGCAGCUAUGGUGGCUCAGUUACUAGAAGUAGUUUAUUUAGCAUUAACUAUGGAAGUAUAUGGGACGCGGGUGGCACUCUGGGUUAAACCACAGAGCCUAGGACUUGCCGAUCAGAAGGUCAGCGGUUCGAAUCCCCUUAUUCCGAAUAGGAUUCAUCACAAGAAAAGGGAAGAAUUGACAGCUAUGCACCGUGGCCGUGAAAAUUUGUGUCCAGGGCUUUUUCAGAGCUUGGGAGCAGCCAUCAAGAAGGCUCUCUACUGAACAUUUGCCCUGUGUGCUUCAGAUGCCUCCCCCAUAGAUCUUAAAACCUGUGCAGGCUGACAUGGAAGAAGCCUUUCAGAUAACCUUACUCCCAAGACUUGCAGGCGAAAACUAGCAGUCUGAAUUGUAACCGGAAACAAACCAGUAGCCCCUGAAGGUUUCUCCACCCAUCCUUCACAGGCUAAGCAAAGCAGUCUUAAAUAGAUAGGUUAUCUUCUUUUUGUCCCUUUUGUCUUUCUUUUCAUUCUGCAGUACUUAUGACACAGCCCUAUUUUGCUUAUGUUACUGUAUCUGGCCUUCUGGAAAUACUGAAUUCAGUGUUAAUGCACUUUAGGGAGCUCUCCCCCCCCCUUUCCUUAAUAAAACAACCAUUGUCUCCACUUCUGCAAUUUCAGCUGUGCCCUCUUGACAACAGAUGUUGCCGCUCGUGGUCUUGACAUUCCUCACGUGCAGCAUGUCAUACAUUACCAGGUACCAGAACAAAAUGUACUUCUGUUCUCUGUUCAUGAAUUUGUAAUACAUUGAUGGCUGGCGGUAAAUUGAAGACCACAAGCGAUCUUCGUGGCCUUUCUUUGGGUUGUAACACAGAAGAAGAAAGAGAGGCAUGGUGGAUUGGUUUAAAUCAAGAUGAUUUCAGUUACCAGGGAGGCAGGGAAGCUGAUUUAAAUCAUUGAUUUAAGGGGGAUUGAAAAUCAAGUUUUCCAUUUAUACUUCAUGGUGCAAAUUUAGCUCUUAAUUGCAACUGAAUAGGUUAUUAUUUACACUGUUUUUUAAUUCUUAAAGCCAAGGUGUGUGUUUGUUUGUUGCACUGUAUAUAACAAAGGCACACUCCUCCAUUGCCUUCCAAGACAGAUGUCCACAAUAUAAUUUAUAUGUUUUCCAUUCUUCUACCUAUAGAUGGACUGUCAUUAAAAUAUUCCCAUGUAGGUUCUCAAGACUAGUAGUCUGUUAGGUAAACUUAAGAGAAUGUAGGAACAGACACACUUGGACCUUCUGAGUGUUGCUCCUUUCUGCUUUAUUCUGCUGUUGCUCAGCCCUGCAGAAAUGAUUUUUUUUUUUGGUUAGUAGCAUUGUUUGUAACUGUGGCAUGUGCUAACCAGCCUGUCGUUUCAGAUAUCUCUGACAUUUCUGGGCUUGCACAUAAUUGUGGAAUCCAAUAUCUCCCAAGAGUUAGCGCACAUUGAGAUAAACUGAAACAGUGCCAUAGUAGGUGUGAAAUUGCUUGCUGCUGGGGAGCGUUAUGCGUUGUUCUCUUUUUGUGUACUUCAGACCCGUUCCCACAGAAGUGCUUAAUCUCUUUCGCUGUUGCAGGUUCCUCGCACCUCUGAGAUUUACGUGCACAGAAGCGGCAGGACUGCCAGAGCUGCCAAUGAGGGCCUGAGCUUGCUUCUGAUUGGCCCAGGCGACAUGAUGAAUUUCAAAAGGAUUUACAAGACGCUGGAGAAGAACGAAGAGCUUCCUUUUUUCCCCGUCGAAACAAAAUGCAUGACGGCAAUCAAGGUGAAAUAGAUAUUUCCUUUGAAAGUAGUGUGUUCGUGGUUUUUAUUUUAUUUCUCAACCGCAGCGCUUUUCACAGUUGCUCAAGGCUUCGUAACAGAUGUCUGUUCCUAACACCUGAUUUUGGAACUUGGUUGGGAAGUGAGAUCUGGAACAGUGGUUCUGACUGAGAUGGCUGUUCAUGAGCCAAGCUUGCUGUAAUUUUUUUGUUUUAAAAAAUGCUUCUAGCCAGUGGGCUGGUGGAGGAGAGACAGGGUGAGCCAUCCCUUCUUUGCCAGUCAAAAUAUUAGCCUGCAUUAAUGUCCUGGUCACCUGUGACAAGUUGUUGAAAGCAAGGUGGCAUAAAGUUGGAUAUAAAGUCAUAGAAUUGUAGAAUUGGAAAGGAUCCCAUGGGUCAUCUAGUUCAACCCCCUGCAAUGCAGGAAUCUAAACCAAAUCAUCCAUGACAGAUAUGUGCUGCUCCACUCGAGUAGAGCCCAGGGUUCAGCUUCUUCAGUUCUCAUCUCUCCUUUAGAUCUUGCCAGCCAGGGUUGGAAGACCAGAAAGAAGACAUUAUGUUAUCACUAGUAGAGAAAAGACAAGAGGAGAGCAGGAGUUAUGUGGAGACAUUAAAAUCAAAGCUGUUUUUAAUGAGCUUAGUUUUCAGUAGUUGAUUGCAGGUAAUGAAUGUUUUUCAGGACUAAUUUUUCCUUUAUUUGGCUGCUUAAGAAUUUCAAAUUGCUCAUCACCCUGCUGUCACUUCUGCGGCUUUAAUAAUUUAAUCCCUUAUUAAAUAUGGAAUAUAGGCAUAGAUAAAUCACCAUGUCCCAUUUGCAGACUUGCGUGGGACUUUCUUUGGUGCCUACAUUCUAAGCUCUUAAUGUUGGCAGCGCCCUGCCAGAUCUCAUUUUUCAUCUAGAACAUUCACCUAGCAGAAUGGUUGAAUUAAAAUGUGUUGAAAGCUAAGGGCAAAAGACUUUGUGAAUUGUGCUGGUGGUUCCGAUAUAACUUAGUGGAGCAUAAUCGCUUCCAUUGCUUUGCAUUGUAGAAAAGGCUCCUUUAGGAGGAUAAGCAGAAUAUAAUUUCAAUUAAUAAAAUAACAGUGAAAAAUAAAUAUAUUUCCCCUCCAGUUUCUUUGUCAUUUUCCUUGUUUUGAAUGCUAUGUAAUUUGAAGCUGGGUCUAUAUUAUUUUUUUCUGUCUGUUUUGAGGUGGUAGCUUGCUCCAUCCCAAAUGUUUUGGGUAACAAAAUAGAGGAAGCAGCAGUAGUCUUACAAAUAAUUUUCCAAUCUUUUUAUUAAUAAUUGCAGUUGAACAAAAGUCCAGUUAAACCACCGAAACAUAGGAUAUGUUUAUAUGCACAGAGCUUGGUUGACUUAAGUUACACUGUACCCAAACUUCUUAAGGCGAGCUUGUACAUCACCAUGUUACAAGUGGAAGAUAACUAAUUGUUGUCAGUGGGGAAAGCUUUUCUAAUUCAGAAUUGUUGGCUUCCUCCUUCCCCAUUUGAGUCUGCUGAUGUUCCAUAAAAGACCAAUGUAAGGCAUGCUGGAGCUUAAGUUUAGCGUACUUAGACCCCCUUUCCAUUUUGGCCUAAUGGCAGUCCUGCAAUACAAGGUAGCCGGACAAAUUAGCCCAUGAUUUACCCAAGAUCACCCAUUGAACUUUUCAACUGAGUGCCAGUUCCAACCCAGGUCUCCUCCUCAUUCCAAGUCAGCUUGACCCCUUUGUAAGCCAGUAAUGUUUGUAGACUGAGGUCCAAGGGUUACUUUACAAACCAUCACCUUGAAGUAUGUCCAGAAGAUAACAGGGAUGGCAAAAUUUAGGGAGUAGUGGUUAACCUAGGGUCCCAUGAGUUCAUUAGAGUUAGUGAAUUCCUUACAAAGGCAAAGUGUGUGGAAGCUUUUUCAUCUCCCCUGCUAUUAUGAGAGAAGGAAUCUAACAUGGUGAAGGGCAGGUUAUUAAAAUAUUAAUAAUGAUAAUAAUAACAAUGGCCAGAGACAUCCACAGACCUGUACCAUCUAUUUGUUGAAGAAAAAGCAAUUGUGAAAGACCCACCCAGUGAAAACAGUGCCACGUCUAACUUAGCCCUUAUAUUGCCUUUGUCCAUGUACUGCUUUGAGUGCCCACGUCCUGUCCCUGCAUAACCUCACUGUGCUUCGUUGCAGGAGCGGGUGAACUUGGCAAGAAAGAUUGAGAAGGUGGAAUAUUUCAACAGCCGAGCGAAGCAGCACAACUCAUGGCUCCAGCAAGCUGCAGAAGCGCUGGAGCUUGAUUUAGAUGAUGAUGAGCUAAUAGGCAAGUGGCAGUGUGUGUGUGUGUGUGUGUGUGUGUGUGUGUGUGUUUGGGCUUGGGAGGGAGGAACCACCCCGAGAAAGGUGUAAUAAGGGGCAUAUCUCCUGGAUGCAGCAAUGAAGGCAAUAACCUGGGUACUCUCACACAUCUAAAGAGCUCUAUUUAUGGACUCUUGUAUUUAUCUAAAAUGCAUUUGGAAAAUGUUUGAGGUUGUAUACAAGUUGGGCAGUGGGGGGAGAACAGGUAAGGCAUAAACUUCAUUCAAACUCAGCAAGAGUUGGGCAAAGCUUAGCGCCAGUUCAGACAUUCAGAAAAAGAAAAAGCUGCAAACCUCAGUAAUGCCAGUCUCAUAUUUUAAUGGUUCCUGAAGGAUCAAUGCACUUGGAGUUCAAGUGUAGCAGAUGUUCAUGUUUCAUCUUGCCAAGGCAAGAUUAAAGAGGAGUGGUUUUGCCUGGUGCCUAAAGGUGUACAAUGAAUCUUGUUUUACAUGUCAUCAUUUAACUAUUGGGAGUCAGAAACCCUUAACUAUGUACUGUAAAUUGUCCAGUGAUCUAUCAGUAGAUUUCCCUAUGCUUUUCACCAGCCCCCAGCUUUAAGUAACAAAAUUUCUAGAACCCCUCUUGAUUAUUUGUGCUGGGAUUUAUGUUUCCCCCCUUCCUGUGUGUGUGUCUACAGGAGGCCGACCCGACGAGCAAAAUGAGAGUGAAAAACAGAAGAUGGUAAAGGGGAUGAAGAAACAUCUGAAACACUUGCUCUCUCAGUCCGUUUUUAAAAGCUUGAUGAAGACCAAAUACCCAACCCAGUCUGGGAAACUGCUCUUGUCCGAUAUUUCGGAAGAACAUUCUCAGUCUGCGUUGGACACCAUGUCAAAAGCAAAAGCGAAGAAGAUGAAGAAGAAACCACAGCAAAAUGCAGAGAAGUUAAAGAAGUGAUGGGACAUUUUGGGGGUGCAAGAUAAGGAACACUUAAUUCUCCCCUUCUCAGCCACUGGAUGCACAGACCUGUUCUAGAAUGAUUGCUGCUUCCUCUCCUGUUGCUGCUCUCAAGUCAGUCAACGUGCAUGUACAGACACCCACCCACAUGGUCCUUCUUGGUGCUGAGUUUAGGUGAUGUCCAGUGUCUUGAGUUUUGUGUAAAACAUGCCACCUGAAAGAACCAGGUGAGUGGAAAUCAUUGCACGUGAUUGGGGUUGUGUGGAAACAACUGCAGAGGUGGCAGUGAGCCCAGAGGAACAGGUAAGCAUAAAUGUGUGUGUAUCAGUUCUGUAUCCUUUUAAUCAAGUUCAUUUAUUCAUUUAAGUUGCAGGGUGUUGCAGGGCAUUGCAUAUGCGUUUCUAAAGAAAACCCUAUGUUUGUAAUUCUUUGAAUUUUGCAUUAGCAUUUGAUGCUUUAAAUCGUAGCAGCCGAGGGGAAUCUUCUCUUCUGCGGAAAGAAGAAACGAAAACAUGUCGGGGGGGGGGGGGAAUAGACUGUACCCUAAAGUAAAUUAGAGAAUGAAUUUCUUCCUGUUCUUAACUUGCCCAGCUGAAGUCUAUAUUAAAAUAUUUGUAAAACUUU